CUUUGACCCACGCCGUUUCCGGUUGACGACGUGGCUCGGGACCGCCAUCUUGGCAAGAGGCGAAGCGGCAGCGGCUCCUGUCAGGGGGGCAGUAGGUCCUGAGCGACCGGUGCUCCCCUUCCCCUGACCCUAGCCCUAGCCCCAGUGGAGCCGGAGCGCGGGCGCGCCCCACCACCGCCCUCACCAUGGUGCUGUUGGCAGCAGCGGUCUGCACGAAAGCAGGAAAGGCUAUUGUUUCUCGACAGUUCGUAGAGAUGACCCGAACUCGGAUUGAGGGCUUAUUAGCAGCUUUUCCAAAGCUCAUGAACACUGGAAAACAACAUACAUUUGUUGAAACAGAGAGUGUAAGAUAUGUCUACCAGCCUAUGGAAAAACUGUACAUGGUUCUGAUCACUACCAAAAACAGCAACAUUUUAGAAGAUUUGGAGACCUUAAGGCUCUUCUCAAGAGUGAUCCCUGAAUAUUGCCGAGCCUUAGAGGAGAACGAAAUAUCUGAGCACUGUUUUGAUUUAAUUUUUGCUUUUGAUGAAAUUGUCGCCCUGGGAUACCGGGAGAAUGUUAACCUGGCACAGAUCAGAACCUUCACAGAAAUGGAUUCUCAUGAGGAGAAGGUGUUCAGAGCAGUCAGAGAGACUCAAGAACGUGAAGCUAAGGCUGAGAUGCGACGUAAAGCAAAGGAAUUACAACAGGCCCGAAGAGAUGCAGAGAGACAGGGCAAAAAAGCACCAGGAUUUGGGGGAUUUGGCAGUUCUGCAGUAUCUGGAGGCAGCACAGCUGCCAUGAUCACAGAGACCAUCAUUGAAACUGAUAAACCAAAAGUGGCACCUGCACCAGCCAGGCCUUCAGGCCCCAGUAAGGCUUUGAAACUUGGAGCCAAAGGAAAGGAAGUAGAUAACUUUGUGGACAAGUUGAAAUCGGAAGGUGAAACUAUCAUGUCCUCCAAUAUGGGCAAACGUACCUCCGAAGCAACCAAAGUGCAUGCUCCACCCAUUAAUAUGGAAAGUGUGCAUAUGAAGAUUGAAGAAAAGAUCACACUAACCUGUGGACGAGAUGGAGGAUUACAGAAUAUGGAGUUGCACGGCAUGAUCAUGCUUAGGAUCUCAGAUGACAAAUUUGGCCGAAUUCGUCUUCAUGUGGAAAAUGAAGAUAAAAAAGGGGUGCAGCUACAGACCCAUCCAAAUGUGGAUAAAAAACUUUUCACUGCAGAGUCUCUAAUUGGCUUGAAGAACCCAGAGAAGUCAUUUCCAGUCAAUAGUGAUGUAGGGGUGCUAAAGUGGAGACUACAAACCACAGAGGAAUCUUGUAUUCCACUGACAAUUAAUUGCUGGCCCUCAGAGAGUGGAAAUGGCUGUGAUGUCAACAUAGAAUAUGAGCUACAAGAGGAUAAUUUAGAACUGAAUGAUGUGGUUAUCACCAUCCCACUCCCAUCCGGUGUCGGCGCACCUGUUAUUGGUGAGAUCGAUGGGGAAUAUCGACAUGACAGUCGACGAAAUACCUUGGAGUGGUGCCUGCCAGUGAUUGAUGCCAAAAAUAAGAGUGGCAGCCUGGAGUUUAGCAUUGCUGGGCAGCCCAAUGACUUCUUCCCUGUUCAAGUUUCCUUCAUCUCUAAGAAAAAUUACUGUAACAUACAGGUUACCAAAGUGACCCAGGUAGAAGGAAACAGCCCUGUCAGGUUUUCCACAGAGACCACUUUCCUAGUGGAUAAGUAUGAAAUCCUGUAAUACCAAGAAGAGGCAACCGAAAAGGAAAAUUUUCAAAUUAAUAAAGAAGAAGCCAACAGUGGCUGAAGAGUUUUUUCCAAAUUUACAAGCCA